CUCACAGGAGAAGACGGGAUGGCGACGCUAGACUCCGGGGCCGUUUGGCCCAGGUUGAGCAGGAUGAGCUGCAGCGGGAACAUCGUCAGUAAAGUGCGGCAGGGCCAGAUAACGGGGCGCGCGCUGCGGCGUGGUACGCAGAUCCCACGAGCUCUGCUCCAGGAGAGGGACAAGCGAGCCAGAUGGCACGGGAUCCCCAUCCUGCUGCAGAAGCUGUAUGAAAGCAGUCACCCUAAUAGUGACCUCUCCCAGACACAUGGAGUGGUUAAGGAAUUGGCAUCAUUACUUUCCAUGGAAGCCAUGACUUUUGUGACGGAGGACAGGAAGACGGCACAGGAAUCCACCUUCCCUAAUACGUAUACCUUUGACCUCUUUGGAGGUGUUGAUUUACUGGUGGAGAUUUUAAUGAGACCUACCGUAUCAAUGCAAAAGAAGAAGCCUAAAUUGAGCGAUGACCUGGUCAAGGACUGUCUAAGUGUUCUCUAUAACUGCUGUAUAUGUACAGAAGGUGUCACAAAAAGCCUUGCAUCGAGGAACGACUUUGUCCUGUUUCUCUUCACAUUAAUGACAAACAAGAAGACUUUUUUGCAGACAGCCACCCUAAUUGAGGAUAUCCUUGGGGUCCGAAAGGAAAUGAUCCAGUUGGAGGAAAUUCCCAACUUGUCCAGUCUGGUCCAGAGCUUUGACCAGCAACAACUGGCCAACUUCUGCCGCAUCCUGUCUGUGACCAUAUCGGAGCCUGAUCUGGGGCAUGACGACAAACACACACUCCUGGCGAAGAACAUUCAACAGAAGAAGAACCCCAUCCCGUCCUGUGCCGAGCUCAAUCAAGUGACUCUGCUGAACAUACCAGGCUUCAUUGAGCGGCUGUGUAAGCUGGCUACACGGAAGGUGUCAGAGGCCACAGGUGCAUCCAGCUUCUUGCAGGAGCUAGAAGACUGGUACACCUGGCUGGACAACGCACUGGUGUUGGACGCCCUUAUGCAAAUGGCCACCGAGGAUGCCGAUCAUAGCAGCACAGAAUCCUCAGACGAGAGCACACUAGCUACCAGCCCGCUAAGACACAGGCUUCCGCAGUCCAUGAAGAUUGUGCAUGAGAUUAUGUACAAAGUUGAGGUGCUUUACGUGCUCUGUGUGUUGCUUAUGGGCCGGCAGAGAUCUCAGGUGCACAAAAUGUUAGCAGAGUUCCGUCUGAUCCCUGGACUCAACAACCUCUUUGACAAGCUCAUCUGGAGACGGCACACCACUAGCCACAUUCUGCACAGGGAGAACCAGAGUUGUGACUGCAGCCCUGAAAUAUCAUUCAAAAUCCAGUUUUUGAGGCUGCUCCAGAGCUUUAGUGACCACCAUGAGAACAAGUAUCUGCUUCUGAACAAUCAGGAGCUGAAUGAGCUAAGUGCCAUCUGUGUGAAAGCCAGCAUCCCAGAGGUGGAGGCUUUGGCCAACACAGACAGGAGUCUGGUCUGUGAUGGUAAGAAGGGGCUCUUGACACGACUGCUUACAGUAAUGAAGAAAGAACCACCAGAUUCCUCAUUCAGGUUCUGGCAGGCAAGGGCAGUGGAAAGCUUCCUACGUGGGGCUACCUCCUAUGCUGACCAGGUGUUCCUUCUCAAAAGAGGCUUGUUGGAGCACAUCUUGUUCUGCAUCAUCGACAGUGGGUGUAAGUCAAGAGAUGUUCUACAAAGCUACUUUGACCUGCUAGGGGAGCUCAUGAAGUUUAACAUUGAUGCCUUCAAGAGGUUCAACAGAUAUGUCAACACAGAUGAGAAGUUUCAGAUAUUCCUGAAUCAAAUCAACAGUUCAUUGGUGGACUCCAAUAUGCUGGUGCGAUGCAUCGUCUUAUCCCUUGACCGAUUCGAGAGCCAAACGGAAGAUAUUAAAGUGGUAGAAGUGCUCUCCAAGUGUUGCCUGCUCUCAUAUAUGUCUCACGUGGAGAACAGACUGUCCUUCCUCUUCAGACUCAUCAACAUCAUCAACGUGCAGACUCUCACACAGGAGAACGUCAGCUGUCUGAACACCAGUUUGGUGGUUUUGAUGUUAGCCCGCAGGAGAGGUAAGCUGUCCUUCUACCUGAAUGCCUUGCGGGAGAAGGAGUACACCGAGCGUUACCCAGGCUGCCUCCUGAACAACUUCCACCACCUGCUGCGCUUCUGGCAGCGCCAUUACCUCAACAAGGACAAGGACAGCAGCUGUCUAGAGAAUAGCUCUUGCAUCUCCUUCAACUACUGGAAGGAAACUGUGUCAGUGCUGUUGAUCAAAGAUCGGACUUCGCCGUGUGCCAUAGCCAGCUAUAUUGACGAGGUGUACAUGGACCUGGACAGAGACUUCCUGGAGGAUUGACCCAGGCCCCCCUGGGUGGGUGCAGUUGGGAGAAUGGUUGUCUGAGAACUCUUCUCUCCUGUAAUCCAUCACCUGAAUGCCUGUAGACAGUACUUCAGAGAACAUAUCCCACAUGGACGCCAUUCAGGGAUCCAUCGACAUAGUCGUGCAUGCGCAUUAAUGCUGGAAAAGUUGAAUGUUGCCAGAUCUUUACAGGUUUAUGGUGAAAGUAGUUUUACAUUUUUCUCAGUGAAGGGAACUGGCCCCAGAGGAGGAGUGUCCACCUCCCUACAGUAAAUCAGGGACGAACAAUUCUUACAUUGAUUUGCUUUGGUAUAAAUAUGAUGGCGCAUAUGUAGAUGUGUAUAUACAGUAAUAUACUUACACACAUCCACAUUUGUAUGUGUACAGUUGCAGCUAAUCUAGAUACUUCUGAGUGAAAAGGUUUUGUGUGUGUGCCUGUGUGUAUGUGUAAAAUUAACACAUGUUGGUUCUUAUAUCAGUGAAGCACCAUUAAAUUAAUAUGCGGCUGAAACCCUUUAGCUCUCCAGUGGUUGUCAGAAGUCAAAAUGCAAAUCGGUUAUACCAUGAGUAUAGAACCUGCAGGUGUGAUUCACAACAGAUCUGACUGAAUGGUUUCUACCAAACAUACCUUGUACAUUUGAGGAGGUGUUUUCCUGGCACUAUGUGUAUAAAGCAUGAGCGUGCACCCCCCCACCUGUGUGGAGCUGUUCCUGCAGGUAGCAGCAGUUCCCCACAGUGAAGUUUGGGUGGUGCUCAUGUUUGCUGUUGUCACCUGACCCCCCUACCCAGUCCAAGAAGGUAGAUGGAGACUCUUGGUUUCAGGACUAUUAAAUUCUGAACUUCAGAAGUUGCCCAAGGUGACAGUUGCUGUUAUCUUCUUUUAAUGAUGAUAUUUUUAUCCUAUCGUAUCUUGAAAGGUUGAGUUGAAAACUAUGCAGGUUAUCCAAUUUGUUCCAAAGCAGUUCUUUAUUUCCAAACCUUGCAGUGGCAGUCUGGACCUUUUACAGCAGUUAUUAGUUACCUUCUCAUUUUGUCAUCUGCUGUAGUCUCUCCUGUUUCAGUCUGCAUGGGUUAGAAGUAGUGUGCCAUUUGUGGCUACAGAUAUGUUCUCCCCUGGAGCAAGGUAUUAAAACUGAUGCUUGGUACUCAAGCAUCUUGUAAAAUGCCCAACUGUAUAAAAGGGUACAAGUUUCAAUUUGGACAACAUUUUCUGAGCAACAGGAUAACCAAUAGAAGUGUAUCUGUUGAGAGAUUUAGUAACAAGAGGCCACCCCCCUUCAGAGCACCCAAGUGCACAUUCUUUACACUUGGCAAAGUGUGUAGGCAGUCAGGUAAUUAGUUUACCUGUUUGCAUCUCAGUCAGUUUUCUGAAUCCCCCCCCACUGUCCUUCCCCUCCUGUGAUGCCUGCCUCAAUUCCAUAGUGAAAUUGCACAAUCCCAUUUUGACAAAUGUAUAACAAGAAAUCCUGCUGAACUACCUCAUUGUCACUCAGUCUCCCAUGGCUUCAAACACCCUUCAAAUUCUGAUUUUGCUUAACUGUAAUCACACAUUUUGGUAAAAAUCAAUUCAUAAACACUAGAAUUCUUAUAGCUGUUGCUGUUUUUUUUUUUUUUAAAAAAAAAAAAAAAAAAAAAACUUUAAAUGUAAGGGGUUUUUUUUGGGGGGGGGGUUCUUUUCAGACUCUUACCUCGGAGACUGCACAACAGAAUUGCAUUACUUGGUCAACUCACCAAACCAGAAGUAUAACAUUCCCAAAAGAAUCGAUAUCACAACACCACAUUUGGCUGAACUGGUUGUUGGGGAAGUUUCUGUUAGGAUGGCACUCCUUUUUUUUUGUUUUCUGCUACCACUGGAAACAACCAUAUUCUUCAGAUAUCGGAGUAUACUGUUUUUGUUUACAUAAGUGAAAGGUGGUGCUAGACCAAUUAACGAUUUUCACAGUUCUGAUUAUAGUUUUUGAAAAUGGACUACAUUUUAGUAUAACCAUUACCAUAAAGUCUAAGUAUUUUAGACUAUUUAAUUCUCAAUACAAUUUGAAGUUUUGAGCUAAUAUGCAGUGGUCAGGUGACUAAACUCAGUUUGAAUGUCACUUUUGAUUCCCAUAUCUCCAUUUAAAAGUUUUCUUAAUAUAUAAGCCUGAAAAGGCAAUCACUGAACUAGCGAUAAAGUAGUACUGCGUAAGGUAAGCCACUCAUCCGUACUAUACCUAUUGGUAUGUUUUGGUGCAAAUAGAUCAACUGUGCAUUUUCAGUAGUUCGGGCUCUUCCCUUUAUUCCGAAGUCUAUUGUAGCCUGUUCAAAGACAAUUCAUUAGAUACUGGCCGAGAUUAAUGUGUUCUGUACCUGUGGAUUCCAGCAAUUAUGAAUUGUCGAGCCCAUGCACUGCUGGUGCUAAACGCUUUGCAUUUGAUUGUACUUCUCACUCUUUCCCUCUGUAGGUACCCAGCUGUAUAUAGUUUUUUGCUAAUAAAA